AUGAGACUCUCUUUGGCACUCUGGUCUGUGGUGGUGCUGUGUGCGGUUCUGACCUUGGCAAGCGCCCGGAAACUCGAAAGCAUUUCAUCCAACAUUAUCGUCGGAAGCAACAAGAUCGGCCAGGAGAAGCAGAACGUGGACACGUACGAAGACGUUUCUUCGUCCAACCAGCAGGAUAUUGGCAGCGAAGCCGUUCCGGAGAGUACCGAAACCAACGAAAUUGAUGAUGAGGUGGCCAGCCAGGAAGUGGUAAACGAGGUGCUGGAGGAAUCGAACGUGGUGCCACAGGAAACGGUCAGCGAGGCGACGGUGGUCAACACGGACGAUUCGAGUGUCAUCAAUCGGUACUGUCGAUGCACCGCCUACGAGUGCAACUGCUGUCGGGACAUCGAUGUGCCGCUCUUCCCGAUUAAAGGUCCCGGUUGUGCCGUGGUCCAGUACCUGGACGGCGAUCGGAUGUCGGUGGGAGUUAAAUUUGCCGACCGUAUGAUCGUGAACCGUGUCAUCUCUGCGAGGAGAGCGACACCGGUUUGUCUGCCACUACCCGGUGGUUAUAACCGAUUCUGUGGCCGCAUCUACGGUAUCUCGCGAAAAGCAAACGAAGGCUUCAAGGCCUGUUUGGGACUUGAGCUGCGUGCGGACGACGAGAUCGAAGCGGUACUGCGCGUUUCAUGCUUCAAAUUCGGACCGCGUGGACUAUCGGUGAUGGAGGCUGAACCGCUACCGCCUGUUGACGACAUUGAUGUGGCCGAUGAAGAAGACGAAGACGAUGAGGAAGAUGAGGAAGAUGAUCUGGAUUUCGGCAUUUCGCUGGACGAGGAUGACGAUGAUGAUGAUGAUGACGAUGACGAAGGCGGCGCGGACAGCGGCAGUGUGCAGGAAAACGAAACUGAGCAGAGCGAGUCGCCGGACUACGGAGGAUUCAGUUUUCUCGAUCGAGACCUGAUGGGAAGCUUAUUUGGGGUGAAAAAGUUUUUCGGUUGA